UUUAUAAAUCUCAAAAUAUAAGAAAUUGAGUAACUGGAAUAUUGUGCGCGUAAAAUCAAUUUCAACUAUUUGAACUUGAUUCAAAUUUUCUGUAAAUCUCCAUUUGCUGUGUUUUCUGGACAUGUUUGUCACAUAUUUGUAUUAACCUAAUUUGUUUUUGUAUCCAAAUUUUAAGUUUAAAGUUGAAGAGUAGAAAAAGUUGACAUUUACCUUCAUGAUGAAAUUGAGAAAAAAUUAAAGUUUGUCCAAGAAUCAAUUACAACUAUGCAAUGGAUGGUUUAAGCGACAGUGACAGCGGAGAGGAUUGGGAUGAAUUAGAGGAGACACAAUUAAUCACGUGUCUCUUCUGUACACAAGAUUUUAGCGAUCGAUCGAACGCCUUAAAACACCUGGAAGUCUUUCAUGAGUUCAGCCUUCCUAAUUUCAAAGCCAAACACGCCCUUGAUACCUAUUCUUACAUCAAACUGAUCAAUUUUAUAAGAAAAAAAAAUAUCACUUCAAAUGAUCUCAACAAUCUUAGUAUUAAAUCUUGGGAAAACGAUGAAUAUUUAACUCCCAUCAUUCCAGACGAUGCUUGGCUAAUGUUAGACAUAGAAGAGUUGGAGGAAAAAACCACAAGACCGGUUGCCUAUCCAGUGAAUUCCGAAAAUGGUUGUGUUACACUCUCGGAAAUUCAUUUCGCUGAACUCCAAAGGACCAUCCAGUCCCUGAAAGCACAAUUAGAACAAAGAGAAUUAGCUUGUCUUUCGGCCAAACAGCAAAUAGAUGAAAUGAGAGAACACGCACACCGACUCGUUUUGGAUGACGAUACUCCAGAAUCGAAGGAAAGAUGUGUGAAAAGUGUCUCUUCCGAGGUCGAUAAAGGAUAUUUUAAUACCUACAGUCACUUUGCGAUUCAUCAUGAAAUGUUGACGGACAAAAUACGGACCGAAAGCUAUCGAGACGCUUUAUUGAUGAAUUCACACAUAUUUAAUGAUUGCGUGAUGCUGGACGUUGGUUGUGGAACUGGAAUUCUUUCUAUGUUCGCUGCGAAAUCUGGUUGUCGAAAAGUCAUCAGCAUCGAUCAGUCUGACAUAAUUUAUCAUGCCAUGGAUAUUGUUAGGGAGAACAAUCUCAACGAUAUCAUAAGUUUAAAGAAGGGUCGAUUAGAGGACAUCGAUUUGGAAGUAGAGAAGGUGGAUGCGAUCGUCUCUGAAUGGAUGGGAUAUUUCUUACUUUUUGAAGGGAUGCUGGAUACUGUUAUUUACGCAAGGGACCAUUAUCUUUCCGCCGGGGGAAAGCUUUUACCAAACAGAUGUACUCUCAGUAUCGUUGGAAGUGGAGAUACCAAGCGUUACGUAGAUCUCGUCGACUAUUGGUCCAAUGUUUACGGUUUCAAAAUGAGUUGCAUGAAAGCGGAAGUAGUACGAGAACCAAGUAUUGAAAUCUGCAAUGCUCACGAAUUGAUAACAAGCGUCGCUCAAAUUCAAUCUUUCGAUCUUUAUAAGGUUGAUACCGAAUGUGUGAAUUUUUCAUCUUCGUUUGAACUUUCUGUGAAAAAGACGGGAUCCUUGACUGCCAUAGUUGGAUACUUUGAUGUAUUCUUCGAUCUAGACAAUCCGAUAUCUUUUAGCACUGGACCACAAGCCAGUCCCACGCAUUGGAAGCAGACCGUUUUUUCACUCAGUGAACCAAUCAGUAUAACGGAAGGUGAGAUGGUGACUGGAAAACUGAUCUGCCGCAGACACGUGAAAGACGUUCGUGGUCUUAUAGUGACCAUCCAGAUCAAAAAUAUAAGUCAAGUUUACUACUUAGAUUAAGAGUCGACAUAAAUCAAAAAAGUGAUUUUACCAUUUUGCCAAUUUUCGACCUACCCUUGCUAAUUCUAGUUCUCCAGCUUUACAUUUUUUUAAGUUUGUUACAAUUGCUUGCUAGGGAGUAGAAUUUCCUAAAAUUUGUAAAAAAGAAUUGCCACGAGUAUUGUAGCUAUUUUUAUAAACUUCUAGAAAAAGUGUCUCAUAAAAAAUCUCCAAUUUACUUUCGGAAAAUACCAUCCAUAAAUUGUAAAAUUCACAGAUAUGAAAUUUCAUUCUUCACUAUUCCUCUAAAAAAUUCGGAGACACCAUUGUCGUGGAAAAAGCUUUAGUUUUGAGAUCCCCAGAUUUAAAACUCUUCCAUUCUAUGUGCCUUUAGAGUGGCCACCGUUGCGUGCAAUAUAGGAUAGAGAUGAAGCUUUGUAUCUUGCACUUAGCAAAAUUCUCGUUGCACCAAUUAUAAUUUUAGCGCACUUUAAAAUUUAAGCAUUUAUUCGCACUUAUGUAGAAAAAUGUCUACGGUGGAGGUUUUUGUCUAUAGAAUAAGAAUUUUGUAGCUUUUUCGCGACUAUUAAUAUAUGUGCGGGCACAAACUAAACUCGCACGUCCUGAUAUAUUACGAAUUCAGUCAAUAUAAUUUUCAUCAAAGUUGAAACUUUCGACAUUUUUCUGCAUUUAGUCUUCCAUAGAGGCGAAAUGUGAUAAAAUGUUGGGGCAAUUUCUGGCUAAAUCUGAGAAUCAAAGAAUGCUAGUAAACGAAAGAGAAAGGGAAUUGUGAUACGUCAUGAUAGAAAUUAAAAAAAUGUAUUCCUUCUAGUUUUUUUUGUUUGUUUGUUUUUUUUUAGAGAGAGAAGUUGAACCGUUUUCGUGACAAUCUAAUUCAAUCAGAAACUACGGAAAAUGAUAUAUCUCAGCAAGAAAUUGGCUACAGCAUAAAUUUCUGAUGACGUUUACUAAUCUUGAAGAUU